UUUUCAUUAAAAAAACUGUGGCCACAGUGAGCUUGACGCAGCACAGCAAAACUGGACAUAUAAAUGAAUUCACAAUAGGACGAAUAUUUCGUCUUAAAGGUGUCUUUUUGUCAGCAGCAAAAUAAUGCAAUUGAUUAAAUUCACAAAAAAUUCAAUACGAACACAGAAAGCGCUUUACCAAGUGGCUGGCCAUGUGGUCGACAACAAGGAUGACAGCAAAGUCGGUUUUUAUCCCUCAAUACAUGACGGAUCGUAUAUAUGCAUAUAUAUCUAUGAUUUCAUUCUCCCUUUGCUGUGCAGCGGAUCAUCCACAUUUGCGCAUCUUUAAAACUAACCCAAAUAAUUUGGGUUUCCUCAUCACAUCCGACAGCAUUCCGGUAAUAGAUUGACUGACCGCACUCAAAUCCAGUGAAGAGUUGGACUAUGAGCCAUGGCUGUGCCUACUGCUUAACAUAAUUUUGUUGAGCAAUAAGGAGCAAUAUUUGGACAGCCUGUGCUCAAUGCUCGAACACUUCUUCGAGUGCGCCGCAAGCGAGGUGAAGGGCGUCUACCAGGACAAGCGUGUCGUCAAGCAAUUCCCCUACAUAUGCGAAUGCAUUCGUAUUGUUAAUUGCGUUCCCAUCAAUCUGUGCAAUGUUGUCAAGGUGAGCUAUCAUUGCCAGGGGUAUUUACUUGGCACUACAUAUGUGGAUCCGCAAAUGCAGCCCCCAUUGCAAAUAUCCUGGCAGAUUAAAGCUUUCAAAUGUCCGCAAAAAUGGCAUAUACAUUGAUUGACUGUCUAAAUACCAUUCCCCGCUUUCUGGAUCCGUUGCGUUCGCGCUUUGAUUUUUUCAGUUUGAAAGAUAACUUUUCGGGCAUUCUGCUGGAAUCGGAUAAUCUGGACGUGCAUUGCCAUUAUAAAUUCGAAUGGAAUGCUAUUGCAGCCAGUGAACAGCAUGGAACUGGAGUUCAAUAAGCAUCACUAUUUGACACUGAAGAGCAUCAGAAACGGGAGGAGUCGACCACAGUAAAAGCCAUCAACAAUGCUUAUCAAUGCGUCCAGGCUAUACUCCGGGAUAUAAGCGGCUAGUGCUUACAGUUUGUCUACAAGGAGAUAUAUGACCUGGUUGUGCAUACUGUAGGUUGUUGUUGUAUCAGCGGUCAGCCCGGUAGGCUGACACACUUAGGCCAUAUUUGGCCCGUUGUGAUAUGUGCAUACUGUAACAAACCGCAGAUUUUUUAAGGGUUUAAGGCAUAAAUGUGAAGACGUACAACUUUCAGAUAGCCAAGGCCAUAUUGCAUCACGUAAAUACGAAUACCGAUUUUAAGUUUUGUGUGGAACGUGUGCCGGCUCUGCGAAUGCAUCUCGAAUUCCACCUGGAUUACAAUUUAAGCGGUUGGGAUAAAUUCGAGCAGUUCGAGCUUGACUAUAAAACACUCGUCGAUAUCAUCCCACAGAAUCGUCGUUUGACUGACACAGUUGAAUUAUGUUAAAUUGAAUACCAGUGCUGCAAAUAAACAUAAACUGCUUUUCUUAAAUGAACAAAAUUGAAGCUUAAAAUAAAAACCAA